AUGGGCGAUUACGGCUACGGCGGCGGCGGCGGUGGAGGCGGUGGACCUCCUGGCUACGGCGGCGGAGGCGGCGGUGGCGGAGGAUACGGCGCAGGUUACGGCGGCGAAGACCCGUACGCGAUGAUGCCUCAACAGAGCCCACUUGACGCCGAGAUUCAGGUGGUCAUCGGCGAAAUCGACAACGAGCUGACGUUGCUGGAGCAGUCGGGCGACUACGGCGCCCAAUUCCGGAAUGCGAAACGGUUGCUGAUGACCGAAUCCGAUCGACUCCGGAAUUGCAUCGAUCCCGAGUGGCUGGAGGUGGACGUGCCGAAGACGAUCAAAGUGACAAAAAAGGUGCUCAUCCCCAACUUCCGGCACCCACACUUCAACUUUGUCGGCAAGAUCAUCGGACCGAAGGGACAAACGCUGCAGCAACUCGCCAAGGACUCCAAAUGCCACAUUUUGGUUUUGGGACGAGGAUCGACGAAGGACAGGCAGAAGGAACGUGAGCUGCUGGAGUCGGGUGACCCUACGUUCGCACACUAUGGUGGACCCCUACAUGUAAAGAUUGAGACCAUCGCCCCGGCACACGUCGCGUACACGAGAGUGGCCGGCGUUUUGGAGAAGCUGCAGGACUUGCUGCAGCCGAUUCGUGGCGACAACUACCCCGGUGAAAGCGACAAGGAGAAGGACGGCGAGGCUGCGGAAGGUAUCUUUUUCAGGAGCCGACCAGAAGCCGAGUACGGGUGGCAGCAGCAGUCGGGGCGGUCGUGGAGGUGGAUGGGCGCCGCGUGGCGAUCGAGGUGGCGGAGGACCGAUGCGCGGACGCGGCAGGGGAGGUGGCGGACCUGGCUUUCGUCCGUAUUGAUCUUCACAAUGAGUGCACCAUUGCCUUCCAACACCCUCGCCAAGUACCCUCACCAUCAUAGCAGAUUCAUCCGGUUGCCGGAUGUC